ACCUGCGCUGUGACAACCAUGAAAGGGUUAGGAGUCAAUCGCAGCCGUCACCUGUCGGACUCCUGUGAGCCAUCGGGGGCCCCAAAGAAGCCCCUGUACCCCUUGACCUCUGACGCCCACGGCCCCUUCCUUCUGAGCCCCACCAUGAACCACUACGGCACCCUGGACCCCCACCAACUCUACCAGGGCCCCAACCCCCAAUCCCUGCCUUCGGAGUGCCUGCUGCCCCUCAACCAGAUGUCCAACAGCAGCACAUUCCCCCGCCUCCACUUCACCUCCCAACAAGAGCAGGCUGACUACUCCCCGGACUACUCCCAGGGCUACAUGGUCCCUGCUGGGGGUGGGCCUGUGGGCAGCCGGGCGGGCACCCUGUCCACCUCCAUGUCCAUGGGCCUGGGUCUUAGAGGGGCUCCCAUGAUCACCAGUGGAUCAGUUACCAUCUCCUCUGCAGCAGCAGCCAAGAUGAACCGGCUGCCAUCUAACCUGUUGGACCAGCUGGAGAAGCACCUACCUCUGCAAAGGGAUGGCUUCAGUACCCUCCAGUUCCACCAGGGCAGGGUGGCCAAGCAGCGCAGCGAGAGUCCCGGACGCAUCCGUCACAUCAUGCACUCUGUCCAGAAGCUCUUCAACAAGUCCCAGUCGCUGGAGGGCUCGGUGGUCAAGGGCAACAUGAACAGCACUACAGGGGGAGGUGAGGAGGGGACCAGGCAGACCCGCAGGAGUAAGAGUAAAGACAGGGCUAAGACUGAAACACUGAAGCAGCAACCUAGCAGGCAGAAUGCACUGGGGCUCUGGCGCUCAGACAAUGCCCUGGACAGUGACACAACCGCCAAAGCUGGCACUAUCGCUGUGGGCUACCGUAACCCACUUAGCAUGAUGACGCUGGGCAGGGCGGUGUCGGACAGCCAGGCUCCUCCCAGGCACCUCCCACAGGGCUACAACACCAUCUCUGCUCACACACUCAAGGCCUCCAAGAGCAGCAGCGACCUCAAGUACCUGGCCUGCCCGCAAGCGCUGUUAGGGACCAGGGGAGGGGAGCUGGUGGGAGGAGGAGGCAGGGAGAGCACCCUGGUGAAGAGAGGCUCCUGGUCCACACUGACCCUCAGCCAGGCCAGGCAGGUGCUCCAGAAGGGCUCAGCCACAGUCAACAGGAAGCUGCUCAAAACCAAGUCGUGUCACCAGGACCUGACCUGUCAGUACCUCCAGAUUCCCCUAGGGGACUGGAGCGCUACGCUGGGGGGCCGGGGCCGGCCCGGGGGUCUGGAGAUCCCCUGCCGGAGGAUGCGUAGUGGCAGCUACGUCAAGGCCAUGGGGGACGUGGAUCAGGACAGCGAGGAGUCGGAGGGAAGCCCCAAACCCUCACCCAAAACAGCUGCCCGCCGCCAGAGCUACCUGAAGGCCACCCAUCAGUCCCUGAGCGAGCAGCAGCCUCCACCACCACUGCACAAGCCUCGCUGCUACUCUCUCAUGCUGAAGGAUAAUGGGGUACUGUGGUCUCCGCUACAGAGUGCAUGCUCAAUGCAGCAUUUGGCCAGCUGUCUCCCCUCCCUGAGAGAGCUUUCCACCAAUCGGAGCCUGGACAACCUGGACUGCUUGGUGAGCCCAGGAGAGCCCCCGAUGGCCAUGCGGCACUGGAAUGAUGGCAAAGACUUCCACCAGAGCUACUCUACCCUGGGCAGGGGCAUGAUGAGCAGUGGGCAGGUGUGUGGGCAGGGCUGCGGGCGCUCGCUGUACUGCGAGGGGGAGUCCCAGGCAGUGGAGGCUCUGAACCUGCCCACACCGACGUGCUUUCGCUCCCGCAGCCACAGCUACCUGCGGGCCAUCCAGGCCGGCUGCUCCCAGGAUGAGGACACCGCCUCAGUGGACUCUGAUUCACCUCCACCCACCACCACCGGCUGCACCUACACCUCCAGCCCCACACUGCCGACGUGUGUAAACAGCUCCUGUAAGAAGGCUCCCCCGCCGGUCCCUCCGCGCACUACCUCCACGCCCUACAUCUCUGUGACGGUGCAGAGCAGCACUGAGUCGGCCCAGGACACAUACCUGGACCAACAGGACCACCGUGGCGAGGCCAACAGCCAAUCAGGACACAGCAGCAACUCUUCCGACAGCCUCUGCAACCUGCGUACAGGCAGCCUGGCCAAGGGCUCAAAGCCCCCAGUCCCCGUCGCUGCCCCUGUCCCUGCCCCGAGGGACUCCCACCCACCACCCUCCUCCACCACCACCCAGUCUUCGCCCCAGAUCCAGCCCCAGAAUGAUACCCUAAACCCAGGCCCCAGCCUCACCCCAGACCAGGCCCUGACCCUACCAGAGCCUGUUCCCACCAAAAGGAAGCUCUCGUCUAUCGGCAUCCAGGUGGAUUGCGUUCAGCCAAUCCAGAGAGAGGAUCAACCGCCUCCCUCGACCAAGUUCCAGUCUAUUGGAGUGCAGGUGGAGAACGGCAGGCCACUCAGCCGGGCCAGCAGCAUGGCCUCCAGACAGGAGACAGAGACAGAGCCUCAAGACUCUAAAGAUGUCCCUACCUCAGAAAACAACAGUACAGUCCACUGCAACAGCCAGCCACUAGACUCCGACCCCACUGCUUCCAACGGUAAGGAGUGCGCGGUGGUGCGGCAGCCCCCUAAACAUCCCUCUUUCCCGGCUAGAGCAUCCGCCUCCCUCCCAGAGAGCCUGGACCCGACCUUGGAUCCCUCCUUCCUGCCUCCUCCGGACCCCAGCUUGGUGGGUGGAAACGGCAGUGCCCAGGGAGAUGCAGCUGCACCCAGCACCUGCCUCCGGGACGGCAACUGGUUUCUCAAACUUCUACAGGCUGAGACGGCACGCAUGGAAGGCUGGUGUCAACAGAUGGAGCAGGAGACCAAAGACAAGGACAUCUCAGAGGAGGUGAUGGGCACGGUCCGCAGUGCAGUGGGCAGUGCCCAACUCCUCAUAGCCCAGAAGUUCCAGCAGUUCAGAGGACUCUGUGACGAGAACCUUAAUGUGAAUGCCAACCCUCAGCCCACAGCUCAGGACCUGGCAGGGUUCUGGGACCUCCUGCAGCUCUCUGUAGAGGACAUUAGUGUCAAGUUUGAUGAGCUCUGGCAACUCAAGGCCAACAACUGGCAGCUGCCGGAGAAGGAAGAGAAGAAGCCUGCACCCCCCGUUGUGCCAAAGAAGACAUCCAAGCCCAAGCUGAGCCCUGGGAAGGACCGGAGCAUAGAUUCGGCAGUGGACAAGCAGCGGCAUGAGGCCAGGAAACGCCUGAUGGCGGCCAAACGUGCGGCGUCCGUACGACAGAACUCUGCCACGGAAAGCUCAGACAGCAUUGAGAUCUACGUCCCCGAGGCCCAGACACGCCUCUGAGAACGGACCACCAUUGGCACCCUGCUCCCCCCACAUUUAAGGAACAGCCACAAACACACACACACUAGUGAACACACACACACCAUGCUCCCCAUGAAGGAACAGCCUCAAACACAGUAGAGAAACACCCAGAGGCGCAGAGGUUGGUCCCCUAAUUGCAGCGCAGCGUCUGAUAGGACGAGAGCACAGGACCGCAAAAAAUGCAGAACAAUGCAAAACUUUUUCCUUCCUGGCUGCCAUGGAGACAGAGACCUGAACAGACAUUUAGUACUAUUGUUAUUAAUAUUAUAUUAAAUAUUGUUUUCUCCUAAACUAUAUCAAGAAGAAUCUUGGAUAAAAGGACAUUCUUAUUCCUUGUGAGCUUAAGAAUCUUGGUAUCCCAGAAGUUUACUCUCUUCUCACCCCCUCACUGCUUCUGAGUCUGCGAGCUGGGCUGGGCUCUCUCGUUUACGAGCUACGGACCACCACACUCAGGAUACACACAGGUGUACUCACUCACGGUCCACACACACAGUCUUCCUCUUCUCACUUUGUAUUAGGCUGCCACUGCAUUGGUUGUGGACGGCAAGCUUUACUGUGUAUGGAAUCAAAUCUAUAUGAGAUGAUGGGGUUGUCGUGUACAGAGGUAGGACACAGUCAGAAGACCAGAGGAAGACCGUAGCAUUAGAUCUAUCUCACACUCUGGCUAUUAGUAGGAUGGGUCUUUUUUUAAAUGUUCUUUACCAGAUUGUUUGUUAGACAAGGUCCAGUGUUCAGUACUAAGUUAUUUUUUUUAUAGAACAGGUACAUGUACUGUCAUGAUGAUAUUUGCACAUGAUGCAAUCAUUAACUCUCGCUCAUAAACACACACUGUGCUGUCUGUCAGCGUCUGUGCAGACUCAUGUUUUGUCUUAUAUGCCCUUUUUAGGGAAGAAGAGAGAUUACUAUGGCCAGUUGAUGUGUGCUACAGUAGGAAUGUAAAAUGCAUUGAAAAUAACUUGUUGACUGCACCUUCCACUCCAACUGUUUACCCCAGAUCAAGUCAGCGCCCUUCUGUUUCCCUGUUUAUUCUGGCUACUUAUUUGGUGCAGGGGACCAUGUGUAUCUCUAUUUAUUACAUUCCCAGUUUCACACUCAACCUCCUUUACAGGGACUCCCAAGCAGCAUUGCUUCAAUUUGAAUCAGAAAGGGGAAUUGACUAUAAGCUCCCUGUCUUCCCUGAUUACAAAGACUGAUUUAUUUUCACCUACAUAGGCCAGAGCUCUGCAAGUGGUUUCGGGAGACAACUAGUAUAAGUAAAAUUGAACAUUUGAGAUGGCAACGUAAAAAUGAUUCUGAUGUCCAGUCCAAAAAAACAACCCCUAGCCUCUAAACGUUCCAUUUAUUUCCACAUCUGAAGCGAUAGGUAAUAGCCAAACGAUAUGUAAUGAGUGUACCUAGUCAUGCAAUCCACGAUACUGCUUCCUCCAGUCUAAUUCUUAGACUAGGGGUUGUUUUCUGACUGGGCUGAGUUUUCUCAGGGUGAGCACUCAGUCACUUAACACACCAACAGUCAAACCAACAGCACUUUGGUCAUACCCCAUUAAUAACCACCACUUGAUUGGUCAAAGCCUUAACUCAAACUGUCUGAAAUGAAUAAUGAUCCAAAAGAAUGAAUACAUACCAUACAUUAUAAAGAAAUCUAUUUGCGUAAGUAUCACCCAUCUGUGCAUUCAAAAGGUCCGAAUCAAAGUAUUGGUGUCUGGUCAAGUACUAUUCCUGUUUUGUAGACGUGUUUCAGACUAUGCUCCAGCUGAAUUAUUGUAGUCAUAUUGGUGUCUGGCAGCUUGACCUUUCAUUCCUUUAUACAGAAAAAUGCACAUUGAGGAGAUUCAGGGACUAGGGUACAUUAUUUUUAAGCAUUUUAUUUUGUAUGAGACAUUUCAUGUGACCUGUUUUGAAUUUGUUUGACCUGUGCUACAAUGGUUAUUGGUAUUUUUCUGGGUUUGUAGAGUUGAUGGUGCUGCACAGGAUUGACCAUUGUACUGAGAUGGUGUGGAAUUAAAUGCCUUUUCAAGAGAAACAUUUCACCAUCACUGAAACAGGCUUAUUCCCACUAUCGCAGGACUAUAACAUGCAUGUAAAUGAGCUUUCAGCUUUGCAUUUCUCGUAACAUGAAAGUUAAUUUUCGCAAAUGAAUCUUAACGUUCCACUCAUUCUCUGAAUUCCAAAUCAAACCCCUAGCCAAGGCACUUCUGUAGAUCUGAAACUAUAGGACAGGUUGUAGGCCGUCAUUGUAAAUAAGAAUUUGUUCUUAGCUGACUUGCCUAGUUAAAUAAAGCACUAUGGUGCAAGAAAUUCCACCCAGUCUAACCGAAGCAAAUAACCUCUGAUCAAAGGUAAUGUGAUGUUAUGCAUACACCUAUGUGAGGGAUUGAUUUGGAAUUUAGAAAUGGAUCAUCUGCAAUUUCAGGAUCUCAGUGCUACUUGUCCCCUUGAAGAGCUGGCUCUCCCCCCCUAAAUGGUCAACACCUUUGUCACAUGGCUGCUCCCAAUGUGCUGAUCUGAUCCACAGUCAGUUUUGUAUUUUUAUCUCAUAAUGUCAAAAAAUAGAGAGAAUUAGAAGAACUGGGAAAGCAGCUGAUGCAGUACCAGGAUGUUAGUUAUUUUGUUUAUUUGUAAUACAUCAACUACAGACAUGUACAUUUCAUUGUCCAAAGAAAUCAUUAAACAUCCCUUUGUUACAGUA